AUGAGUGAAACGCCUUCAACAAGUUACUCAGUGAAUCAGCCAAACUCCUCAGAGAGUGAACAGAGUUUAUCCACGCGCCAUUUCAAUGUUACUGAACCUGUUGUGGCAAAACGGAUCUGUUUCUAUAAAAGUGGAGAUCCUCAGUUUAAUGGGAUCAAAAUGGUCAUUAAUAACCGAUCUUACAAAACAUUUGAUGCCUUGCUGGAUAGUUUAUCCAGACGAGUCCCAUUACCUUUUGGAGUAAGGAAUAUUAGUACACCAAAAGGGAAACAUAGCAUCACCAAUUUGGAGGAUCUUGAAGAUGGAAAAUCUUAUAUUUGCUCCCAUCAGAAGAAAAUGAAGCCCAUCAACCUUGAACAGGCUAGCAAAAAGCCACUGCCCUGGCAGAUCAGUAGACCUGUUACCGGUCGUCGCCGAGCUGUGCAAUUAGCAAGGGACAAUGAAGAUGGAUUUGGCCACCGAGAAAGCAAAGUAACAACUCCCAAAAAGAUGCUUGUUUUCAAAAAUGGAGAUGUGAGACUCAGACGCACCAUAGUUCUGGGAAAGAAAAAUACACAAACCUUUGAGGCCUUUUUGGAUUAUAUGAGUGAGUUAAUGCAAUAUCCAGUUGUGAAACUAUAUACCACUGAUGGCAGAAAGAUUCCCAGUCUUCAGACCCUGAUAUUGUGCUCUGGAGCUGUAGUUGCAGCAGGGAGAGAGCCUUUUAAACCAAGCAAUUAUGAUUCUCUUGUGUAUUCACGGCCUGCUAAAUUGCUUGGAAUUGCAAAUCGUGUGUACCCAAAAACAAAUGCCAAGUCAGAAAGUGAAAAUAGUAAAGCUGAAAUGGGCUCUAGCUCAAGAUCCCAGAUAUUCUCAGUUUCUUCUGAUAAAGGGUCCAACAAUGAUAACAACUCAAAUGAAAACAACUCAGAUUCUUCCUAUGUUCCUGACAGUCAUAAUAAUACAGGAGCAAAUCAGUCAGUUACUGGUGAAGACUUAUCUGUGGCACGGUAUGAAGAUGACAUUGAGAAAUCUGUUCACCUUAAUCAAGAUGGCAGUAUCACAGUGGAAAUGAAAGUUCGAUUCAAAAUUAAAGAGGAAGAAACCAUUAAAUGGACAACUACUGUAAGUCGUGCUGGCCUUUCCGUUGACAAAAAUACCACCACUUGCAAUUCUGCAGUGUGUGUUGGAGGUUGCUUAUCCAAUGUAAAUGUAUCAGAAUGCACAAACCCAAAAGAUGCUCCAUUUUUGAAGAGCUACAGUAAAGAAGAGGGAGACUCAUUGCUGCAAGUCAGUGCAGAAGCGUUAGAGUCUGAUUUAAUACCUGAUGGUUCUAAUAUCUGUCAGAAGAAUAAUUCUGCAGAUCCAGAUGUAAGCACUGUACCUGAGGAUAAUAUUAGGCCUCACUUUUACAGGCCUCCUACCCCAGGGCCAAGGCGUGUUAGGCAAAAGAAAGCAGUAGUUGAAAGUGUCACCUUGGUAUCUGAGAAAGAGGUUCAGGAGAAGACAAUAGGACAGUUUUCCUACAGUGAGGAAAUACAGAAUGGAGAAAAUAAGUCUGAGUAUUGCAUGGUAGCUCAUUCAAGCAGAAAAAAAUCAAGUGUCAGUAAUCCAAAGUCUAGUGAGAUGGGUGACAACGAUUUAUUAAAGCUUUCUUCAGAGAACAUAAAAGAAGAAAUGCUUUUUAAAGUAAGCCACAAAAGUAAUGAUUUAAUAGAAACCACAAAUAGGAAGAUAUUAGAGAUGCCUGAUGAGAGUGAAUUGGUACAGAACAUAUUAGAGAAAUCGGUUGUGGAACAAGGUACAUAUAAUAGCUUAGUAUCAACCUGCAAAGCUAACAUCAGUGGUUUCACACCAUCAUCAAAAUUUUACCAGACAGCUAGGCCAGCUUCAGCAGACCAGAUCUAUGAGUCAUGUGAUAUCAAACAAAUAAAAAGAUCUCUGAGUUCUUUCAUUAGAUAUUCAGAAUUAUGUCAGUCAAAAGAAGAAACAACAUGCAAAGCUGUUGAUUUAUUACCUAUUUCUGAAGAUUUAGUGCAUUCACACUGUCCUGGACAUAGCCGGAUGAAGAUGAUGGUAUCUCCAUGUAGUAAAGCUCCUACUGAGAAAAUAAAUCCAACAGCUGGAUUCUUUCCUACUGUUACUGAAAGUGGGAAUCAAAUCGGUCUUAGGACUGAACCUGUGAUGGCAAUACAUCUCAUUGAUGACAUUCAAUCUGCAUCUUCCCUCAACAAAAAGAAGAAGAGAAAAUCCUCUAACUUUCUUCAGCAGGGUAUGUGUGAAAAUAAAAAAGAUAAAGAAAUUUCAGGGAUACUGAAAAGUGAAGGAAUGCAUACUGCAAGCAAAUCCACAGAAGAUUCCACAGUGGAGGCUAUGGAUAAUUAUUCUGAAGUGUCUCAGAAAAAAAGAAUGGAUUUUUUUGUAAAAAACAACGAUGGACCUGUCAAUUCAGACAAAAUCAUAUGUCCUGAAGAUGAGUUCUAUCACCAGGAUUCAGUGGAACAAAAUAGAUUAUCAUCUUACAAAAAACCAAGAACUAAUAACAAAUUGGCCAAGGUAAAAUUGAAGUCAGGCAAAAAAAAUAGUACUGUUUCAUCUGCAAAAGAUGAAGAUGGUCUAGUGACAGUUGAUUCAAACAAUGAAUUGGAACACAGUCAGAAUACACUAGGUACUGAGAAAGAAGGCACACAUCUCACAACCGAUUCUUUCAAACAGGCACCUAACUCAUCAGUGAUUUCAAAGCCAUUAUCAGAAGUGUCAAAGAAUCUUCACCUUGAAAAAGAAGAGGAAAAGAAUAUUUUUGAAAAUUUAUCAUCAAAGAAAGAGAAAAAGCAAAAGGGGGUGAAGAAAAAUCUAGGUAAAGGUGCAAAGAAGUCAGGGCGAGCCAUUACACUAGAGACUCUAAAACGGAAAGAUUGUCAAGAGGAGACUGUUGAGCAUUCACUUGAAAACUAUGUCCAAACUUGGCUGAAAAACUUGUUACCAAAUUCUGUCUUACCCCCUAUAAAUAAAAACCAGGGGAAUGUAGAGAAUAGAAACAUCUGUCAUCUUCCUGAAGAAAAUACCGAUGCUUCUGUAGAUAAAGAACCAAGCUUUGUCACAAAUAAAGUGCAUGUGGCUGGGAAAAACCAUCUGGUUGAACAUAAUCUAACAAAAAAAACAUUAAAGCCUAUUUGCAAGUUGGGAACUUUAGAAGAAUCAGACAAGGAUUUGGGUGAAAAACAAACUGACUCAUUGAUUCAUGCUAAUACAACUAUUGUGGAAGAGUCCAAGUAUUCACUGAAGUCAGAAUUUCAUCAUGAAGGCAAACUACACUUGUUUCAUGAAACACAGGACAAUGAUAAAAAGAUGUCAGAAGUGGAUAUUCGAAAUACCAACCUAUGUCAAAGAAAAAAAUCUGAAGUUGCUGUUCAAGUUGAUUGCACAAUUGUCAAUGAGAAAACGGGAAUUGAUGUUCAGAAUAAUUGCAUGUCUAGCAUAUUGCUGCAUGAACUACAAUCAGCUUUGCUGGGCCUCCAAAAAGAACAUAGUGAGUGCAUAGGAGAAACAUGCAGCCUUUCAUAUCUUUCUCCUUCAGCUUUCGGUUCUUCCUCCAAUAUUCUCCUAGCUUGGCUACUUGUACUCAAUCUGAGAGAGAGUUUGCUUGGAGCAUUCAAAGAUGAUAUGCAAAAAACUACCUGUAGCUGUUCUGAAAUAUUUACACAGCUACAAUUUCUGAAACAAACUGCGAUCAUAGAAAAAGUUGAUGAACUGAAGGCUGCCUUCUCACAUUUUCAACAAUCAACAGAAAAUAAGUUAUUACACUUUGACAGGGAACUAAAAAAGCAGGACUCCACACAUUGCCAUGAGAAUAUGCCUGUAUCUGAAAUCCAUAAUGGUAUGCAUUUGCAUGAAAAUAAAGAAUCAGGUGAGCCUUGUAUUCCAAAGGACAACGUAAAUUCCAAAACUCAAAAAUUGAUUGGUGAAUUACAAAGCUGUUUUGAUAUACAGAAAAAUCUUUGUAGACAAAUAGAGACUUUAGACUUGAGUACUUCCAAAACACAGCUAGAUGGUCAAUCUACCAAUACUAGUUCAAAUACCUGUAGCCUUGCAUCAGCUAUAGAACCACCUGAAAGAAAAGAAGAAAUACUUGAUAGCCUAUGUAAGAAAUCUCAGGAUAAAACCACUGAUACAUCAUUCAUUAAUGAAGAGUCGGAAACUUCAGUAGAACCUAACUCGACAGUUCAUAGUGUAACUUCUAUUGAUAAAAAUUGUGGUUUAGAUCAGGAUACUUCUGAGUUAGAGGGCGAAAAAGAUAUACAUGUUACUACUGAUAAAAGUGAAGAUGAGAAAGUUGAUCAAAAGUCAGCAGGUAAUGAUGAAAACCCUAAUAAUCAACUUAAACUAUCUGCUGAAACCUCUGAAGAAUAUAAUAAUGACGUUUAUUCUGUACAGGAAGACAAGGAAGAUGCAGAAACUUCUGAGGAAACCUCUGAGAGGUUAUCUACAGUCUCUCCCUUAUCAUUUUGUUAUGAAUCAAAGCAAAUUGCAGAAUGUGACAUGAGUGAAGUGGAACAGAAAUUGCAAGUAGAAGAACUGGAGAAUAAAACAUCAUCAGACACUUCUCAAUUAAAAAAAUGCUUAAAAAGUCCUGCUACUUCAGAUUUGUCAGAUUAUAGACCAGAUACUGAAGAGAGUGAUUAUAACUUUAGAGCAUCGAGUGAUUUCACCAAUGAAAGUGCAGAGGAAGCAGUACUUGAAAAGCAUUAUAAUACUGGCUAUGUAAAAAGGACUAUUGAACGACUUUAUGGCAAGACAGAAGCUUCAUUUAAGCCUGAAUUUCACAAAGGAUUCCUUUACGUGUCAGAAGCAUUUCAAAAGGAUACUGAAGAAUUCCACUCCGCAGUGGUGGAAAAAAGCAUUUAUUUUUCUCAAGAACCUAGGUCUUGUUCUGCAGAGAAAUUGUCACACUCUUCACUACCAUCAGAAGAAUUUCCAGUAAACAUAAACAAAGACGACACUUUGUCAAGAAGAGAAAAUGUUUCUUUACCAACACCACAAUUUACACCCAAGAGAGAAGAGACAAGUUAUACUAAUGACUGUUCAGAGGAAUCUCCAAAGCAACAUUGUCAAUCUAGCAUAAGAGCUAAUGAAGAUGAAGGAAUAUUGAUAGAUAGAGGCAAAUGGCUUCUCAAAGAAAAUCAUUUGAUAAGAAGAUCACCACCUGAACAGAUCGGAAUGUAUGGUAAUUUGGAUACAACAUCAACAGACACAGUCCUUGAUGCUAAUAGUGAUGAUGUUCCAUACUCACACUUUGGCAAUCUGAAUCAGUACCCAACCCUCAAUGAAAUCUCUUCCUCAGAACUUGAAGACAUGUCUAAACCUUCUGAGAAUUUUUGCAACUACUUCAAUAUACCUCACAACAGUGAUUCAGACCCCUUUGAGGAUGACUUAAUUACAAAAAGCAAACCUAGCCACAAUGAUAAGAUCACUUCCCUUACUUCAGCAAACAAAGAAAAAAUCAAGCGAUCCGUCAUGUUAGGUUCUACUUCUACACAUCUUUCCACACAGGCUGAUAACAAUUUUCCAGCAUUCACAUCUGUAGAAUUUAGAUUGCCUGAUAACAAGGUGCAUCCAUUGGAACAGUCUUUAAAUGAUCAACCCAUACAGUCUCAGCCAACUGAUGUUAAUAAUGCUAACAGAAAUGCUCUUCAGGAAGAAGAUUCUCUGGAUAAACUCCAUGCUAUAUGUGGCCAACAUUGUCCAAUCCUGAUAGUGACAGUAACACCAAUUAAUGAGGAACAGAGAGGAUAUGCCUACCAAAAGGCGUCUGAUUUUGAGAACCAGCUAGGUCCAUGUUUGUUGGUCAAAAAGAGAGAACAUUUGCAAUGGUCAGGUGAAGAUUUAAUAACAGAUGGAAACAGUCAAGUGACUCUGAAAAAUAGCUGUAUCAAUAGGAUUGCCAAUAAUAUUUUUAAUAGGUUUUAUGCUAAUAACACCUUAGAUUUUGUUAGCAACCUUGGAAUACUUGCAUCUUCAAAUUUGAAAAACACCAGCAGCUUAAGGAAGUUAUAUGUUAUGGAGGAUAUGAAUGUAAAACCCAUAGAAGCCAGCAAUUGUCAAAAUAAUGUAUCCAAACACAUACCCAGUGAUUCUGUGACAGGCAGAAGUAGUGAGCUACCCAACAGAAAGCAAAAAAGAUGCCAAACCCAAAGAAUAAGCUUAAUUCAUAUUGUUGGAGAAAAAUUUUCUCCCUUGUUGGCAGAUGCAGUAGAAACCUGUCAUUCUGAAACAUUUCUGAAGUGUGAAACUUCUUUAAAUAACAUUGAACAUAAUGCCUCUGAAAAUCUGAAAAAUGAAAAUGCCUUUCCUACAAAAGAAGAAAAAGAAGAAGACACUUGUUUAUGUACAGUGGACAAUCGAAACAGUAAAGAUGAGAAAGACUUGUGA